AUGAAAUUUUUUGGAAUCGUAUUUGGCUUAAUUGCCAUCGCUCAUGGAUUUCCAACGAAUUCUACGAGCAGGAUUCAUGGCGGCGUCGAAACAACAAUCGCCAACCAUCCGUACAUGAUCUUCAUGUAUAUUCCAAAUGCCGGCGCUGGCGGUGCUUCCAUCAUCUCCCCGGAAUGGGCUCUCACAAAUGCCUUGAACCUCGUUGCGUAUCCCGCUGCUAAUUCCAUCACGUUUCGAGCUGGAAGCUCAGAUCGCACAUCUGGCGGAUUAGUCGUUCGUGGCACGGAAUAUCACAUGCACCCGGAAUACAAAAUGUGGAAGGCGGGAUAUGACGUUGCUGUUGUCAAAGUUUCGCCAUCUUUCGAGGGAAUGAACAUCAAACCAAUUCCCUUGACUGAAAGUCGGGAUGAACUCGAAACGGGAAGUUUGGUCGGAAUAACUGGAUGGGGAUCAACUGAAACCGGAUCUCAGCCAAUUAUUUUGAGAACAGUUUCGGUCCCAAUUAUCGAUGACGAGAUUUGCAGAGAAUAUUGGGAAGAUAUUUGGGAUGACUCGAUGAUCUGUGCUGGCGAGAAAGGCAAAGAUCGAUGCGAGAUGGACAAAGGAGGUCCAAUGGUGAAAGAUGGCGUGCAAUACGGAGUUGUUUCUUUCUACAAAACAUGCGGCGAUGGAACUCCAGCAAUUUAUGCGAAAUUAUCCAAUCCAGCAAUCAGAAAUUUCAUUCGAAUCCAGACCGGCGUUUAA